GUAAUCGGUAUUCAUAUUUUAUUAUCAUCAAAAAGAAGAAGAAGAAGUUGUAUAAACAACAAAGUUUCGUGAAUUACCUGAAAAUUUAACAAAAGUUAAUUUUUAUUCGGCGUUUGGCAGAAAACUACAACAAGAUGGACAAGAUAAAACCACAAAAAUACAUGAAUCCCAUAACAUUCGAGGCAGAGAUGUUUGUGAACAAUUUGGAGUCUUUGUCCAAGACAUAUCAUCAAUAUGAUGCCGUAUUAAUAAGUUCAUUGGAAAAGGUAAUGACUGCUAUUGAGACAUUUUUGGACUCAAAUCCAAGUGAAAUCUUGGCUACUGAAAAUACAAAACUGGUGGCUUGCAAUAACCUCAAUAACAUUAAGAGAAUUUACCAUUGUUCAAACUGUAAAACCGAUUUGGGUAAAUCUGUAGAGAAAGUAACUUUACAUUUGAUUGAUCAGUGUGUUGCUCAUGGCGGUGGUGAUAAAACGGCUGCAGUUGCUGCCGGUAUCAGCCGUCAAACUAGUGAAACGAAUUCUGCCAAAGAGUGUAAAGAACGUGAGCGCAAAAAAACUAAAGGGGAAGUGCGCAAGGAGAUGAUGCAGAAAAAGCAAGAGCAACGUUUGGAUCAGACGGUUAAAUUAACUAAAAAAACCCGUUCUCUAUUGACCACCGAUUUUAAUCAAUUCUUCGUGGACCAUGUUAAAAUUGGCAGCAAACUUAAAUUUAUACCCGACUAUGAUGUUAUUGAAAGUGAUUUAUUGUCUCUUAUAAAGCCCCUGUUUCCAAAUGAUAAUGUUAAAAUUUAUAAAUUUGGUUCUCGAUUAGCUGGCAUUGGCACUCGCGAAUCAGAUUUAGAUUUAUUUAUUGACAUUGGUGACACUUUCAAUGUAUUUCAAAAUCGUGCUGAUAAGGAAACUCUCGCUAAGCUUCAGAAAGUUGGUACUUCUUUAAUGAAUCAUCGCAAAUCCUGGAAGAGUAUAGUGCAGAUCGAUAAGGCUCGUGUUCCUAUUAUAAAAAUAAUACAUGCACGUACCGGUAUUGAAUGUGAUAUUAAUUUUUCUAAUAGUUUGGGUACAAUUAAUACCAAAUUUCUAGAGUUUAUUUUCAAUUUGCAACCAAUUGCUCGUUUAUUGUGUAUUUUUAUGAAAAAAUGGCUUAAUCGUACAAGUCUCUAUACUGAAAUCAGUACAUAUUCUGUAAUUUUAAUGGUAAUAUUUUAUUUACAAACUGAGAAGGCUCUACCGUCGGUUGAGAAAUUUCAAGCAAACAUUAAUCAAGAAAAGGCCUUAACUGUUGGUCCUUGGUUAUGCUCAUAUGCCACCUUGACUUUAAAUGAUCUCAAUAUAAAACUAGAGGAUGUGGGUCAACCAAAUUUGCUGAAAUUUAUUAGAGGUUUCUUUAUGUUUUAUACAAGUUAUGAUUUUGAUCAAAAUGUUGUAUGUCCAUAUUUGGGUAAAACUAUUAAAAAGGCCGAAGUUAAUACGCAUAUGCCAAGCAGAUAUACUGACUAUGUUAAAAGCUCACCCGAUUAUGCUUUACAACUGGACAAAACAAUUGUUGUACAAGAUCCCAUACAACUAAAUCAUAAUGUAACCAAAGGUUUGUCAGCCUUUACUCUUCAACUUUUCAAAACUUUAAUGGUAAAAUCUUUGGAUGUUAUAAAUGAAACAUUUUUAUUUUAGAAUAAUAAAAAACGCUACGUAUUGAGUAAUUUUAAUAUCUAAUUAUAUUUUUUUUAGUUAUAUUAUUGUAAUGUUCUUUUUUUUAAGUUAAUCAUAAAACGCUAAUCAAGCGAUAUUUUUGUAUUCAUUUCAUUAGUUCACCUUAAUGUUUUCUUUAAAUAAUUCGGACAAAUAAAUAUCAAUUUUAGAUUUUA